AUGAUAAAGAAGAUCUCAAGUCUAAAAGAUUAUAACCACAAAGAGAAAAUUUACAUUGGAUUCUUUGGGAAGACGGGAGCAGGAAAGAGCUCAUUGAUCAACGCAAUUGUCGAAGAAAAACUUCUACCAUCAGGAGACAUGCAUGCCUGCACUUCCGUUUUUGUGCAUGUACAAGCUAAUACUGAACCCAGCGAAUACAAAGCUGAAAUUGAAUUCAUCAGUGCAAAGGACUGGGAAUCAGAACUACGUUUUCUGCUAGACUCACUCGAAAAUGAAAAUGGCCAACAAAACACGGCAGUAGAAGAUGAUGAAAUGGCACAAAUGGCAAGAGAAAAGAUUACAGCCAUUUAUGGAGAAGAGGGCCUGGAGAAAGAUUACAGUGCAUUGGUGGGAGCCAGAGAGGUUUCUGUGAUUCCAGGCACAGGCACGAAGACUCUGACUUUUGACAAUGUCGAAGAACUGUCUAAAAGCAUUGGAUGCUACAUUCGGAGUGACAGAAAAUCAGAGAAGCAGUUCUGGCCUCUGGUGAAGCGAGUCACCAUCUCCUUGCCGAAGUCUCCAGCUCUGCUGGAGGGGAUUGUGCUGGUGGACCUGCCUGGAGCCGGAGACGUCAAUAAAUGCAGAAGCGACAUGUGGAAAGAGUGUCUCAGCCAGUGCUCCUCUGUCUGGAUUGUCAGUGAGAUGAAACGUGCCCUGUCUGAGAAAGUAGCCGAUGAGAUCUUUGAUACAUCAUUGAGAACCAUUGCUGGAGGAGGAGAGUGUCACAAUAUCACCUUCAUCUGCACCCAUACAGAUGUCAUCAACCCAGAGAACUUCAGAGAGUUAGCUGUUACAUUAUAA